AUGAACCCUAGUCAGAACUCUGAUAAUCUCGCUUGGGGCAGAAGCGAUGAGCUCUUCGAAGUGCAAUCCAAGGACAGCGUCGUCUUCCCAGCCGAGAAGAUCCUUGCCGAGACCGCAACGCUUGCGUUUUGCAACCAGCAUACCAAACUCCUUGUUCCAAAACUUUCCUUCCACGACAUAGCGUCCAACGUUGGACCAUUCAUCAUAAUCCAGGACAUUGGAUCCCGGAGAGGCAUGACCAGAGCGUUGGAGGCUCCUCGCGAUGAGGACGAUACUCCUGUUCUGGAUCCUGACAUCUCGGAAAGCACACUCCAAAGCCUCUAUGUCCAAGUGGCAAGGUCGGAAGGUACUCCUUAUCAGACUGCGGAUGAGUGGUAUGGGACAUUAGCUGAGAAGCAGUUGGCAACACUUAUCUCUCAGCACAACGAUAUUGUGUCCUCAGAAGAUGACUGCAGGAAUGAAUAUGCUACUCGACAGAUGUUUAGCAGAUUGGCCAAGCAAGGUCGCCUAGCAAUACUUGGCUUCCUUGACAACCCCUGGUCCGCCCAAUCCAAAUAUGAACCUGGAACCCUGCCUGCACCAGACAAUUCAGCUCUUCUCGUCUCUGAUGUGACGAAUUCAGGCCUAGCAAUGUCCUUGUCGACAAUGGAAACCAGAUCCUAG